AUGGAAACUUCAACGGCCUCGCCAAAGAAAUCAUUAUCGUCUUCAUCUUCGGCAGUCCGGCCACCCCAUCAGGCGGUGAAAUUUGCGCGACGCACAUCAAGCGGCCGCAUUGUGAGCUUGUCCCGGGAUGAUGACUUGGACAUGUCAGGCGAGUUUCCCGGGCCAAAUGACUACAUCAAUUACACGGUGAUGAUGCCGCCUACACCAGACAACCAACCUGGUGCAACCUCAGAUUCCAAGACAGACGGUCCGCAGCGGAGGCGGGUGGCGGACGAGGAAGGAGGGUAUGGGGGGAGCGGCGGGGGUCGUCAUGCAGGCGCAACAAAGACCGAGAGGAGGAUGUCAGUAAUGAAGCCUUCCAACAACACGUCAAUGUUGUUGAGGAGCCAAACAGGGGACUUCGAUCACAACCGUUGGUUGUUCGAGACAAAGGGCAAGUACGGCAUUGGCAAUGCGUUUUGGUCCGAACAGGAGGAAGACUAUGGACUGGAAAGCGGAAUGAGUAUGUCGGACUUCAUGGACAAGCCCUGGAAGCCGCUCACUAGAAAGCUUAAGGUUCCAGCCGCUAUUCUUAGCCCUUACAGGUUACUAGUGUUGGUUCGAAUGAUAAUUUUAGGUUUUUUUCUGGCAUGGCGUAUCCAAAACCCCAAUCGGGAUGCAAUGUGGCUAUGGGGCAUGUCCAUUGUUUGCGAGAUUUGGUUUGCCUUCUCGUGGCUUCUAGAUAUUCUCCCGAAACUCAACCCUAUCAAUCGAGCCACUGACCUUGUUGCCCUCCAUGAUAAGUUCGAGCAACCCUCCUCAUCCAACCCUAGUGGGCGUUCUGACUUGCCUGGAGUUGAUGUAUUUGUCUCCACUGCCGACCCUGAAAAGGAACCUCCUCUUGUCACAGCAAAUACUAUUCUCUCCAUCCUAGCAGUUGAUUACCCGAUCGAGAAGCUCUCAUGCUAUAUUUCGGAUGAUGGUGGUGCCAUACUCACCUUUGAGGCUAUGGCCGAGGCCGUUCACUUUGCCGAGGAUUGGGUGCCCUUUUGCCGCAAACACAACAUUGAGCCUAGGAAUCCAGACAGUUACUUCAGCAGCAAAACCGACCCCACGAAGAACAAGAAGCGCACAGAUUUUGUCAAGGACCGCCGUUGGAUCAAGAGAGAGUACGAUGAGUUUAAGGUCAGGAUCAACGGUCUCCCUGAAGCUAUACGUAAGAGGAGUGACAUGUAUAACUCCAGGGAGGAAACGAAGGAGAAGAAGCUUGCCCGUGAGAAGAAUGGUGGACUGCUGCCUCUGGAGCCAAUCAAGGUCGAUAAAGCCACGUGGAUGGCCGAUGGUACUCACUGGCCUGGGACGUGGCUUGACCCUACUGUUGAUCAUACAAAGGGAGACCAUGCAGGAAUUUUGCAGGUAAUGAGUAAGGUGCCGGAAAACGACCCAGUGAUGGGUCAUCCGGACGAGAAAAAAUUGGACUUCACCGGAGUUGACAUCCGGCUGCCAAUGUUCGCCUAUGUCUCUCGAGAGAAGCGGCCGGGGUUUGACCACAACAAGAAAGCUGGAGCAAUGAAUGCCAUGGUUCGAGCUUCAGCAAUAUUGUCCAACGGGCCCUUCGUACUCAAUUUGGACUGUGACCAUUAUAUCUAUAAUUCUCAAGCUGUAAGGGAAGGAAUGUGCUUCAUGAUGGAUCGCGGUGGUGACAGGCUAUGCUACAUACAAUUUCCUCAGAGAUUUGAAGGGAUUGAUCCGUCUGACAGAUAUGCAAAUCAUAAUACUGUCUUCUUUGACGGAAACAUGCGAGCUCUAGAUGGUCUUCAGGGUCCGGUGUACGUUGGAACUGGCUGCAUGUUCCGGCGACAUGCAAUCUAUGGGUUCCAUCCACCAAGGGCAAACGAGUACUCCGGCGCGUUUGGGCAACUAAAAUCCCCAGCUCCAAAUAUUGCAAUGCAGGCACAAUCGCAGACCGAGGAAUUAGACGACUCAGAAACACAGCCCCUUGCAUCACACCCUGACUUGAACCUGCCAAAGAAGUUUGGCAAUUCUUCGAUGUUCACGGAAACGAUAGCCAUCGCCGAGUACCAGGGCCGGCCACUUGCUGAUCACAUUUCUGUAAAGCAUGGACGGCCUCCAGGGGCACUGCUCAUACCUCGUCCACCACUUGAUGCGCCCACUGUUGCUGAGGCAGUGGCUGUCAUCUCCUGCUGGUACGAGGACAAGACAGAAUGGGGGGAGCGAAUAGGUUGGAUUUAUGGAUCGGUGACGGAGGAUGUGCUGACAGGUUACAGAAUGCACAACCGUGGGUGGCGGUCCGUGUACUGCAUCACGAAGCGCGAUGCUUUCCGAGGCACAGCACCUAUCAACCUCACGGACCGCCUGCACCAGGUCCUACGAUGGGCCACUGGUUCGGUGGAAAUCUUCUUCUCUCGGAACAAUGCAUUUCUUGGAAGCAAGCGCCUCAAGUUCCUACAACGUGUUGCAUACCUGAAUGUCGGCAUCUAUCCCUUCACCUCCAUCUUCUUGGUUAUAUACUGCUUCCUCCCUGCACUGUCCCUCUUCACGGGACACUUCAUCGUUCAAAGCCUAAAUAUUGCGUUCCUCUCCUAUCUCCUUAUAAUUACUAUUUGUCUCACUCUCAUCUCCCUUCUGGAAGUGAAGUGGUCCGGCACUGGCCUCGAGGAAUGGUGGCGAAACGAACAGUUUUGGGUGAUUGGUGGCACAAGCGCACACCUUGUGGCCGUUGUCCAGGGUCUCCUAAAAGUAGUAGCUGGGAUCGAAAUUUCUUUCAAGUUGACCUCCAAGUCCGGUGGUGAAGACGAAGACGACAUAUACGCUGAUCUUUACAUGGUGAAGUGGACAAGUCUCUUCAUAAUGCCACUGACAAUCAUAGUAGUCAACAUUGUUGCUGUUGUUAUUGGGUUCUCGAGGACCAUAUACAGUGUGAUACCGGAAUGGAGUAAGCUCAUGGGGGGAACAUUCUUUAGCUUCUGGGUGUUGGCUCACAUGUAUCCCUUUGGCAAAGGGUUGAUGGGGAGGAGAGGAAGGGUGCCCACCAUCGUAUACGUCUGGUCAGGGCUCGUUUCAAUUACAGUCUCCUUGCUUUGGAUAUCAAUUAGUCCCCCAACUGAUAGCACCAAUGUAACUGAUGGAGGUGUUCAGGUUUAAUGACUCGUAUAAAAUGAUACCUUAGACUCUCUCUUGUUUACCUGUUUGUUUUUCACUGU